AUGGACGACGGCGAGAAGCUCAUGCCGUCUUUGGCGCUCCACAAGCUCCCCACUCUCGCCGGCACGGGCGCCACGACGUCGGCCGCCAUCCCCAACCCGUUAGCUCACCACCCUCUGUACCACCCGAGUGGAAGCUUCUUCGUCUCCCCCACCGACGUCGUCCUCCGCGACAUACUGCUCGACGCCUCGUCCGCCUCCGGAGGGCCGCAGCGGCAGGUCGUCGCGGCCUACCACCGCGCGGGCCCUCGGCGCGAGGUCGUGUUCGACCCGGCGACGGUGCGCGCGGCGGUCGUCACCUGCGGCGGGCUCUGCCCGGGGAUGAACACCGUCGUCCGGGAGCUCGUCGUCGGGCUGUCCGAGCUCUAUGGGGUGCGGCGCGGCGGCGUCUUCGGUGUGCGGAACGGUUACCGCGGGUUCUACUCCGAGGAGCUCGUCCCGCUCGAGCCGGCGACAGUGCACCACUGGCACAAGGCCGGCGGCACGGUGCUCGGCACGUCGCGCGGCGGGUUCGACCUCGGCAGGAUCGUCGACGCCAUCGAGCGGCACGGGUUCAACCAGGUGUACGCCAUCGGCGGCGACGGCACCAUGCGCGGCGCGGUGAAGAUCUUCGAGGAGGUCCGGCGGCGGCGGCUCGCCGUGGCGGUGACCGGGAUCCCUAAGACGGUGGACAACGACGUCGGCGUCAUCGACCGGUCGUUCGGGUUCCACACGGCCGUGGAGGCGGCGCAGCAGGCCAUCGCCGCCGGGCACGUCGAGGCCGAGAGCGCCGUGAACGGCGUCGGCCUCGUCAAGCUCAUGGGGCGGAGCGCCGGCCACAUCGCGCUCCACGCCACGCUCAGCAGCCGCGACGUCGACUGCUGCCUCAUCCCGGAGGAGGACUUCUACCUCCGCGGCGCCGGCGGCCUGUUCGAGUUCCUCUACCACCGCCUCAAGAAGAACGGCCACGCCGUGGUCGUCGUCGCGGAGGGCGCCGGGCAGGGCCUCAUCCCAAGAAACACCACCGCGCCGAAGGACAACGCCGCCGUCGCCGUCGCCGCCGCCGACGAGUCGGGCAACCCGGCGUUCCUGGACGUGGGCGCGUGGCUCAAGGCGGAGCUGAGGGCGUGGUGGGAGGAGGAGCAGGGCGGCGAGCUCUUCACGGUGAAGUACAUCGACCCGACGUACAUGAUCCGCGCCGUGCCGGCCAAUGCCGGCGACAACCUGUACUGCACGCUGCUGGCGCACUCGGCGAUCCACGGCGCCAUGGCCGGGUACACCGGCUUCGUCUCCGGCCCGAUCAACGGCAACUACGCGUACAUCCCCAUGGCCGAGGUGGCCGAGGCCGAGAACCCCGUGGACACCAUGGAUCACAAAUGGGCCUGGGUUAGGUCCAUCACCAACCAGCCCGACUUCCUCCGCGCCGGCCUGACGAGCUAG